GUCCCAACUGUUCAAGCUCCUUAAAUUUCAGGGUUUCCCGCCCAAGCAACAUUUUCAGAUUUCUUCUUAUUAUUAUUGCUUUUCUCUCUUUGGUUCACAUAUAUGGAAACUAGUAACUGCAGAAACUGCUCUUUCGGAGAAUAACUGCAGGAAGUCGAAGUUCCAGGAAGUCUGUAUCUAUCCCUCUCUGCGUCUCACAGAGACGAUGAGCAAACCCUAAUUGUCUUCUUUGUUUUUCAGCAAUGCCGAACCUCGAUGUCUUCAACUCAUCUUCGUUGGCACUCCCUCAUUGCCCUAAUCUUUUAUCAGUGUCAGAUUUCUGUGAUUCGAGUGAUUCCUUGUACCCCAGUUCAGUUCAGUCGGAAACCCUAGAGAAAAAGAAUGGGUGGUGUUGCAGUUGGGAGCAAAGACGUCGGUACCCAAAUGGGAGUAAAGAAGGCAUUGCUGGAAGGAAUGGUUUAGGGAUUAAGUUUGUAAGGAGGGACUCUAAGCGGCUGGCUCGAGGGGAAAUGGAACGGACUAAGAAGGCAGUGAUGGGUAAGUCUUUGGAGGAUCAUGUGAAGGCUUGGGCGGAGAAGAAGGUUGCAUCAGGUGUUCCUGAAAAGGAAUGCUUCCUCCCAUUCCUUGUCAAUGCUACUAAAAUGGUUGAGUGCUGUCUCUGCUGUAAAGUUGUCUACCCAGGGGAUGAAUUAUCCUGCUCUGUUCGUGGUUGCCAAGAAGUUUAUCACUUAAAAUGUGCUAAGGAAAGACUUGGAUUUUCUUCAUCAAAAAGUUUCAAAUGCCCACAACAUGCUUGCUUCGUAUGCAAACAAAAAGGUCAUUGGUGCUGUGUGCGAUGCACAAUUGCAUCACAUACUAAGUGUGCACCUUGGCCGGAAGACGUCAUCUGUCUAACAAAUCAACAAAGGCGAGCUGUUUGUUGGAGGCAUUCAACUAAUUGGAAGCUUGAAAAGAAGGAAAUUUUCUCUCGCUUACCCCUACCAUAUGUCGAGGAGGAAUUCAAAAUUGAUACUAUUUGGAAGGAUUUAAUGGAGAAUAAAAUGGAGCCAACUCCAUAUGUUCACAUCAGGCGUAAUGUCUACCUAAUUAAGAAGAAGCGUGAUGAUGCAGAUGCUGAUAUGGGAUGCACAAAUUGCAGUACUAUGUGUUCUGAGGAUUGUGUGUGCAGGGUUCAAUGCAUAAGUUGCUCAAAGUCUUGUCAUUGCUCAGAGGCAUGCACAAAUAGACCAUUCCGCAAAGAGAAGAAGAUUAAAAUUGUAAAGACUCAAUAUUGUGGAUGGGGAGUCGUGGCAGCUGAGUUCAUUAAGAAAGGGGAUUUUGUAAUCGAAUACAUUGGGGAAGUCAUCAAUGAUGCUUUGUGUGAGCAAAGGCUCUGGGAUAUGAAAUUUAGGGGUGAUCAGAACUUUUACAUGUGUGAAAUUCGGAAGGACUUCACAAUUGAUGCAACUUUCAAGGGCAAUGCUUCUCGUUUCUUAAAUCACAGCUGUGAUCCCAAUUGUAAACUAGAAAAAUGGCAAGUUGAUGGGGAGACACGUGUAGGUGUGUUUGCAGCUCGUUCUAUAAAUGUUGGUGAACCACUUACUUACGACUACAGAUUUGUGCACUUUGGACCCAAAGUUGAAUGCUAUUGUGGUGCUCCAAAUUGCCAAGGCUUCCUUGGGACCAAGAGAAAGAUUGAAGGCUUCAUUGAAACAAAGAGAAAGAUCUAUAAGGUUGAUUUAUGUUGGGGCUCCAAGCGCAGAAGAUCAUCAAUGAGGUAUUUGGCAAUUAUGCAUCAGUGAUUUGUAUUUUUUAUGUGAUUUGUUUAUUUUGGGUUAUUCAUGUUCUAUAUCAACUUGUUUGCCAAUGCAAGCAAAUUCCAAUAAAAAAGUGUUGUGUCAUUGUUGAUUCAGGCAACAUUCAUUAAAUUCAAAGUUUUCUUCUUUUCA